AUGGAAGAACUACAACAGCGCCACCGCAAGGAGGCCAAAGACUUGCAAUCAAAAAUCACCCAAAAGAAAAAGGGCGCAACCAAGAAGACGCGCAAGGGCGUGAACGAUGAAUGCGACAACCUGGAGCGAGAGAUGAAGGCUCGCCACCAGGACGAAGUCAAGGCAAUGACUGCACCGACCAUUGGUCAAGACGACGACGACCAACCAGACGACACAGACAGAGACCAAGGAGAAGAGACAGCAAAAGACGCAGACGAACUGGCCGACCGCACAGAAGGCCUCUCCAUAGCCUCACCCACACCAGCGCCUCAGUCCACACAAGAAACACCAGCGCCAAAGAAACAGAAUCGCGCCAAAGCCCGCCUCGCCCGCCGCGCCGCCGAACAAGAAGCCCUGAUCGCCUCGGCCCACGACGAAGCCCAAGACAUGCCCAACCUCAAAGCAGCCGAGCGCGAGUCCAUGCUCGCCCACUUCUCCGCCCGCAAGCUCGCAGAGAAGGAAAUACGCGCCGAUGGUCACUGCCUCUACUCGGCCAUCGCCGACCAACUCCACCAACUAGAAAUCCCCUUGGGCCCAGCGCCAGACUCGACUCCAGAUGUGGCAGCUACACUAGAGCCCUACAGACUAGUCAGACACGCAGCUGCCGAGUACAUUCAAGCACACCCCAAUGACUUUACUCCUUUCCUCGAAGAGCCAUUGGACUACUACAUCUACAAGAUCAAGAACACUGGCGAGUGGGGAGGCCAGCUCGAAUUGAUGGCUCUGGCAAAGAAAUACAAUGUCGCCAUCAGCGUCUUGCAGGGUGAUGGCAGAGUCGAAGAGAUCAAUCCAGAUAAGAGUCAGGUUGAGGCAGGCAAGCAGUUGUGGUUGGCAUACUACAGACACGGCUUUGGUCUCGGUGAGCAUUACAAUUCGCUGCGUAAAGCUGGUUGA